AUAUUCCUCCUGCAGUGUCCCCGGCAAUGUCCUCCGGCUGAUUCUGGGUUCCGUUCCCUGCGACGUCAGGAUGUACGGGGGACGGAACCAGCGGGAAAUUUAAAAAUGUCUAAAAUAAAAUUACAUAGUAUAACAUUCCUGUAUCAAACCAUUUCACAUACAUUUUGUCCCGAGUGCUUUGUCCUGUGCCCUGCCUGCAUUUUUACUGUUUCUGCCUGAAAACUGAGAAACGUCCAUGGCGUCCAAAAAGCGUCCCUUUAGGUCAAAAGCGGUUUUAGACCGGCUAGAGAACAGCGAUAGUAAAUCAGAACCACUUGCAGAAUUGA